AAAGAUUUUGGUCUCAAUAUUGAUGCCAUGUCAAUAAGGAAACAAACAUUGUGGGACCCAAAGAAAGAACAGUACUCGGGUUUUGUGAAUUAUGGCAUGGUACCACCUGAAGAUCCUGAAACCCUUGCAUCUGAAGCAUUAGUUUUCAUAUUGGUUGGAACACGAACCCGGUGGAAGUGUCCGAUUGGUUAUUUUCUGGCUGAUAAAAUGAAUGCUAAAACCCAAGCACAGCUGGUUAGGAUGGCCUUGGAAAAGGCAGCUGACGCAGUAUUGAGGGUUUGGUCAAUAACUGCCGAUG